GUGAAUCGUCAAAAUAAAAAAAAAAAAAAACAAGAAAAAUAUAUGAAAAUGUUUGCUUUGACAAAUUGAAAGAUAUGUAAGUGAAAUGGUGUUUUGAGUACAAGGAAAAGAAAGGAAUGAUUGUGAUUGGUCGAGCGAUUGAUGUUCGACAAAUCCUAUCGUUCGCUUUCCCCUAGACAAAUAUACGUGCAAAUAUAAAGAGGGAGAGAGAUAGAAAGAAACAAAGAAAGAGAGAGAGAGAGAAAUCGCAAAGAGUCAUCGUUGUUGACAGGUAGUAGGAAAGGAACAUCAAAGCAGAGAAGAAGUUUGUGACAAGACAAGAAGAACGAUAAAGAUAGAUAAUACGAAUACUUUUAGUAAGGAUAUAAGGAUCCAGAAGUAGAAGAAAUUACGAAGACGACGAAAUACCAGGAAAAAGAGAACAUAGAAGGCCAUGGCGAGUUUGGCGGGCAGCUCGUCAUCCGGCCUUGCAAGACCGCCGACGAUGCUGGAACAACUCCUCGAGGAAAUCAAUUUUCAAAGGACCAAGGAACUCCGGCAAAUGCUCAAAGACGAUUCGGGUUUCGUCGUAUUACAUGGUAUGACCUAUUGGACCGAUCUCUUCGUUCGUCAUUUUCUAUUCCAAGCAGAACAUACGAUAGACGGUGACGAUUUGCUAUUCUUCGUACGUAAGAAACACGUUAAGACAUCGUCCAGAUAUUUACCAAAGUUCGAAACCGCGGUAGAUGUUUAUCGCAAAGACAGCAAGAAACUGCCGAUCGGUGAUCCUGAUAUCGAUUGGGAAGAAACCGUGUACCUGAAUCUAGUCGUACAUCAAUUCGAUUACACUCUAACUUUAGCGAUAUGCACAAGAACGAGUCCAAAGGAAUUACAAGUAUUACGAAGACACUCGCAAAAAGUAUACGCUAGUCCAAGUCGUCGACGAAUGGACGCUAAAGGUGAACUCGAGGAGAUGACCUAUCCGCACAUUUGUUUCAUGGUUGACAAUUUCGACGAAGUCUUCUGUGAUAUUCUAGUCAGAGAUGGUGAAAUGGUAUGCGUUGAAUUGGUUGCUUCCGAUAGGCAAGGCGCCGUUCAGGGUGUUAUUUUUUUGGGUUCAAUCAGAUACGAUGCCUUGAAAAAAGUUUACGACGCUAGGUCAAGUCUCAGCACAAAAAUGGCGCAGCGUAUGACUUUUGGUCUUUUCUCAGGCGCAACGUCCCAACGAAUAGAAUUUGUUCGCAUGAAGGGACCACGUGGAAAGGGACACGCCGAGAUGGCAGUGACAAAACCUAAAGGAUCAGGAGCUGAGACACCAACUUCCGAGCCAGGAUAUUGCGCGACCGAUGCUUUAUGGGACGCGGAUUGGGAUGACGCUGAAGAAAUCUUCAUGUAUCGUCAUYAACGUAGACUAUCCGAUCCGAGUGCAAAUCUAAACAAUUUUGUUCGUGGUGGUUGGAGAACUAAACCUGACACYGCUGCUACCAAAGCUAGAUCGGAGAACGAAGGAUUGGAUUCUAUGGCAAAUGGCCUAAGCGAGAUCGAGGCUGGCGACGUUCGAGACGCCGAUGGUGAGGAAUGCGUCUGGGGUGGGUGCGGGAGCUCGCCAGGAGUUCGCCGAACUUCUCGAUCCCGUAGUCACCGGCGUAGAUCACCGUUGCGGAUUCCGGCACGUCAGCAAAGGCAGCAACAGCGUGCUGCGCAAAAGCAACGAAACUCGCGCGAACGUAAGACUUCCGAUAAGGAGAAGAAUUCGUCUCCUAAUCGCAAAGAAAUCAACAACUAUCGCGAACAACACGGCCUGCAGAACCAUCAACAUCAUCACCAUCAUCAGAGUCAUCAGCUGAAUCAUCAUCACAUCGAAGUAGGUAGCGAGAUCCUCGUGCCUAGUGGGGAUCGAUUGACCGACGACAACGUCCGACAGAAGUUAGAUUCUGGGGCGAUAUUGGUACACGGAAAAGAAGAAUUACCCUUAACAUAUAAUAAAGAUGAUAACAAUAAGAAAAGACGACCAUAUAGUACCGGUCAACUUGGACACGAUAAAUUCAACGGAUUGGACACCGAGGAGGAACGUCAUAGGUUAAGCGAUGAUGAACUUUUACGGGUUCGACGAGUUCAAGGUCGUCGGAGGUUAAGAUCAGCUGGAUCAGAUCACGAGGAUUAUUCGGCAAGGAAUAGGAACAACGAAUUCAAUUCUUCCAAUUCUACCACCAAUGACGAGGACAACCGACGUGGAUCGAGGCAACGUUGUCAACGACACGUGGAUUACCAGGAGGAGGACGAGGACGACAACAACGACGACGACGAUACUGGAAAAGACAAAAAUGCUAACGCACGCGGAGUCAACCCGCACAACAAGCAGAGUGCUACUCUACCUAGAAGACGAAGAAGACGUGCCCUUUCCGGAAGUUUUGCUGGCAAUCCUCUACCCCCACACCGCGUCACACCCGACGGCACGGCCAUCUACUACUGGUGCGAGCUCCCACGCCGCCCCGGCUCACAGGAAUUGGACGAUGGGGCGUAUAAUCCUCUUUGGACGAUGCGAGGAUUCACUCAGACCUUUCAUUUUUGGAAGGAAACUAGACGAGCCCAAUCCGUGCCUCUCAAUGCGUUUCUCACUUACAUUACCUUACCCUGGUGGAGCAUAGCUAAAGAUAUACUGGAUCAUCGAGAAGGGCCCAUUUUGACAUUCUAAAAAUAAAUAAAUAUAUAUAUAUAUAAGUAUUAAAGAAAUAGAAAAAAAAAGAAAUGAAAUUAUACGGGAAAAAAAUGCAACGCUUUUUUCCAUUCCCGACGAGUAUCGAAAAUUUUUUUUUUACUUUUUACGUGUCUCGACGAAAUCGACAUUCCUCGAAAAAAAA